UAUGGAUGAUCUUGCCCCAAAUGCUGAACCCGGAUCGAUUUUAGAUAGACCUAUUAGAUUUUAUAAUCUAUCUGAUUUGUUAACCUAUUAUUCUGGUAAAGUUUCGGCUCAUGGUUGGUGGUCUUUAAAGGUAUCCAGAGGGAAGUGUAGAACUUGGUAUUGGAUUGUUUUAAUAUGUAUUUGCAUUGUUCUAUUAAUAACACUAUGCUCUUCCACCUUAUUAGAGUUUCUUAUGUUUCCCGUUACUACAAGUGUCUUAAUUAGGAAGGAAGUUAAACUAUCCUUUCCAGCUAUUACUAUAUGCAAUAUGAAUGCUAUACUUAGCGACGAGCAAGCCGAAGGUAGGAAGGCCGGCUAUUCGGCUAUUAAGCAAGAGUUGGCCGAAAAACUAGGAAACGAAAAUGACUAUAUUAAAUCAAUUAAUUUACAAAGAUACCUUGGAUCGAAAGAAGAGGAAAUACGAAGAACAUUAGGUCACAAGUUGAAGAAUAUGCUGGUCUAUUGUUCCUACUUUGGAACUCCAUGCUCUAGCAAAGAUUUUAUGCUGGUACUGAGUACUUCCUAUGGCAAUUGUUAUACUUUUAACGCAUUUGGAAAUCGAACAGCUUCUACGUUCGGUGUAACUGAGAGCCUCUUUCUUGUUCUUGACACCCAAGUUAAUGAGUACAAUAAUAUAUAUCAAACAUCAACAGGUUUUCGUAUAGCUAUUCAUAACAAUUCGGCUUUUCCUUUCCCAGAGGCCGAUGGUUUUAACAUUUCUCCAGGCAUGCUUACAUACGUUGGAGUUCAUAGAAAACUAUUUAAACACAUUAGAUAUCCAUAUUCGGAUUGCAAAAUCUUAACAAAAGAUGAAAUGAGAGAUAGAGACGCCUACGUUGGUGUUUUACCACACGUUACCUAUAGCGAAUUGUCUUGUAUCAAAACUUGUAAUCAAAUUGAACUAUUUAAGCAUUGUUAUUGUUUCGAUCCAGCUUUACCCCGUUAUAGGAACAAAUCUCACGCAUUCAAUCAAUUAAAAGAGGAGCUGGGUAAAGAUCGAUUCGAUAAUCCAAAAGAGACUAUUUACUGUCAACCGGAAAGGGAUAAAAAAGUUAAACAAUGUAUGGAUUGGUUUCAAGAAUUAUUCAUUGCUAGAAAAACUGCAGAAAACUCCAAAGUUGAGGAUAGACUUUGUCCAAAAUGUAUUCCAGUUUGUUCUCAAGUAAAAUACGAGACGAGAUUAUCAUUUGGCGCCUAUAGAAAUUUGGAACAUUUUAGAAAUACGAAUAAUAAAAAAUUAAAGAAUUUCUACGAUACGAGAAAGAAUAAUGAAGAAAGAUUGAGCUAUCUUAUUAAGAAUUUAGCAGCCAUUAAUAUUUAUUACGAGAAUCUUGAGCAGACAAUCAACGAAGAUGCAGUUAAGAUAACAACUUUUAAUUUUAUUGCAGAUUUAGGAGGUCAUAUGGGUCUUUGGAUGGGAGCUUCCAUUAUAACUUUAUUCGAAUUUAUUGAAUUUCUAUUUGAAAUUAUCUAUAAUUAUAUAAUAUGCCAACAAUUUCUUGGUAAAAGAAAAUCAGAGUAUGAUAAUUCAACAAGAAGGAAGAUAAUUAGAAGAAAUUCUAUGAGAAAAAUUCUACAAGAGGAGGAAGACAAGGAAUUAGACUUACUCUUUAUUCAACACAUCCUAAAUAAGGCCAAUUUACCAAACACCUACGAGAAAUUGUAUCAUCAAAGAUUCUUUGAAGAGGAAACUAGUUAA